AAUACGGCGCCUGCUAGAAUCAAUGCUACAUGUAUAAGAUCGCGAAUACCAGUAUUAGUUCGCCCACCGGCUUCAGAUCGAGAGAAUCAACAUAAUACUAGUGUAAACACUGACAGUGACUUUGUUGUUCCCAAUACUAUUUCCAUACCUGUAAUUUCCUCUGCUAGAUCUAGUGGUAUUCCAAAAAGAAAGAAAACUGGUACAGGUAAUGGUGGCUCUGCAGGAAAGAAAAGGCGUCCUGUGGCUUCGCAGGGGGCGAGUUCAUGUAGUUUUCAGCAGCCGGUUAAUGUGAUGGCUGGGCUCUCGCAACAUCCACAGUAUAGUAUACCCAGUACCAUUCCAUCACAGUUUGUGGGUACCCCUACAAGGCCUAUGUCAGGAUCAGGUAUAACAGGUGAUAUAAUGAGUUGUAAUUGUGAAAAUCAGGAAGGCUUCAUGUCAUCUGUCCCCAAUAUUGCAAGUCCCACUAUUUGCGAGAGUGGUCAUGAGGUUUUAGGUCAAAGCAUUUCGGAAAGUAUGCGUCAGAAUAUUGAAUGUUUACCCACUAUGUCAGAGAGUGUUCAUGAUGUUUUGGGUAAUAACAUUUCGCAGAGUAUGCGCCAAAAAAUUGCUAGAGGCGAGUAUGUUGAUUUAGCUCACUUGAUCACCAAAACCAAUUCUGGUAAAACAGCUCUUGUUUUGAAUGAUGAGGGAGAAAUUGUAACCCGAGAAAAGUUGACUCAUUCUGUUCUGACAAUUGACAGUUGGACUGAUGCCUUCCUUGUUUAUAUUAGUAUUUAUUUACGUGGUCAUCCUGAAAGGGUGCAAGAAAUGUUAAAAUACAUGCACACCAUUAGGCUUGCCGCGUCAAGGGGCUAUGGAUGGAGUUCAUAUGAUGAACAAUUUCGGUUAAAAAGGAGUCUGGAUCCAAGUAGCUCUUGGUCAAGUGUAGAUUUUGAGUUAUGGUUGAUUCACAUGGCCGAUGGUAAAUCAGUAACUAAGCCCAGUAUUAAGUUAACAGGAAAAUGUUUUGAUUUUAAUUAUAAAGGGUAUUGUUCUAAGACAUCUUGUCAAUACUGGCACAAUUGUAUGUCCUGUGCAGGUAAUCACCCUGUUGUAGCUUGUAAUGUUCAGAAUACACAAAAUACCAGUAGGAGAUUUUUUGAGGGGUCAGUGCAACAGCGUCCAAUCGGUUUUCCACGUAAUUCAUACAGGUGGGGCAAUCCCCUGAAUAACAGUGUUAAUCAAUCAAGACCAUUUUUACAGGGUGGUAAUAAUAGAUACAGUAAUUCCAUGUACGAUAAUGUAGGCCCUCGACAAGGAAAUAUUCAGAGGUUUGGUAAGAGGUCUUUUGAUAAUCAAAAUGCAAGUUUCAGGGGGAGGGGGCAACAAUAUAGGAAUUGAUGUCAGGUUUUUCCUGGA